UAUUUUCCAAACUGGACCUGGCCCAAUAAGAAGAUGAUCCAUUAAGGAAGCUGCCGCCGACCUGAGACGACGGACAGACGGUGUCGUCAAAUGGCGGUUUUGAGUAAUCCGGCCAUUAUCCUCCCUGUACGGGCGUUUCCCGCCAAAAACCCAAGCGCCGAUAGCGGUAUUUUGCGGAACGUCUCCCAUGUUCUGUGCAAGUCUCCGUCCUUUUUCGUGGCGAAACCUUUCUUGAGGUUACCGCAAGCACUCGCUUCUCAGAAGUACGCGUAUCCCGACCCUAUUCCUGAAUUUGCAGUUGCUGAGACGCGGAAGUUUAAACGGGAAUUGUUGCAGAGACUAUCAAAGGAAAAGGACACAUUUGGAAAUGAUCUUCAGACGGUUGUUGAUAUUUGUGCAGAGAUAUUCAGUGAUUUCCUACAUGAAGAGUAUGGAGGACCUGGAACAUUGCUGAUUGAACCUUUUACAGAUAUGAUGGUGGCACUUAAGGAGAAGAAUCUUCCUGGAGCACCAUUAGCUGCUCGUGCUUCGUUAUUGUGGGCUCAAAAUUAUGUUGAUCAAGACUGGGAAAUUUGGAGGGCUAAAUCACACAAAUGAUGUAUUUGCAGAGGAUAUUUAUGCGGUAUGAUGUGUACAUUUAUAUCUCAAGGCAGGUCGGUUAAUUGAGAACACAAAGGAGUUGGGGUGAGAAAAAUUCACUAGCAAAACUGUACUGGUCAAGAAAGGGAUUCGAGUUUUGAAAUCUAUACUAUUGGCUAUACAGAUGAAUUUUUACCGGACAAGUUUGAUGUUUAAUGGUUAUGAUUACUCUUAUUGCAGGGGCCAUCUACUACUGCUAACUACUUCCACUUCCAGACUCUGCAAUGCUUUGUAGAGACGGUCUCCAUGAUUUGGAUCUUUGUGCAGCGAGAUUUAAUCAGAUGAACAAAGAGUGCAAAUUUAAGAACACUAAUGACAGAAAUUACCGGAUGCUUCUUCUCUAACGUGGACUUUCCUGCUUCAAGCUUCAAGCUGGAGGCAUGCUUUUCGGAGCUCAUCAGUAAAUUUUCGCCUGACUCUGACUGGGUUUUCUUCGAUUUAGCAUGUUUCUUUGCUCUAAGCACUUUUAUCACCUCUGUGAGCAAUAACUUAAGUCAUCAACAUAUAGUAUCUUUAUACCAAUUGAAUAACACAGCUGUGCAGUGCAGACCUCAUAACUUAAAAAACUAAAUCACUGCAAUAUAGCUUCCUGUAAGUAGUUGAAAAACAGAACGAGGAAAUAUGCAAGGAUUGUACCUUGAGUGGUGACAAGCCGAUAUGCCCGCCCAAGAACUAGAGUAUCAGUGGGGCGGAGUAGCUUAACACGGGUGAACCUGAUGAUCUUUUUGUCAUCUGGAUUCUCUUGUCCAUCACCAGAAACAGGUAAUGGAAUUAUGAGAGAAACAUAGUGCCCUGGAUUCAUUUUCAUCACCUCACUGGCAGUGAGAGGCCAGUACAUCCUUUCCUGCUUCCCGCAUGGAUGCUGUAUCACUAGGGCCGCAGCGUCAACUGCCUGACAAUUCCCCAUCUCUUUCCAGUCUAAUAUA